AUGCACGUCGUGUCAGCCACGACACUCUUUGCCUACGCAUGCUUCCUCACCAUCGGUACGGAAGCGUCCUUGCUGACCCGCGCGAGGACAAAACGACAGUACGGACCGCCGAUGCAACCUCAGCCGAUGGCCGAUCGCGAGCCCGUCAUGCCGGUCGCUCCACCGCAGAUGGCAGCUUAUCCCGGUACUUGUCAGGACCAGCACACGAACUGCUGCUUCUGGGCCUCGCAAAACCAAUGCAACGUCAACCCUUACUACAUGCGGUCCAUAUGUCAGAAUUCGUGCGGAACCUGUGGCUGCCAAAUCAUGUACGCCCCAAUGUGUCAGGUGGCCCUGAACAUAGCCGCGUGCAGUGUUCCGGUUCCAGUCGCUCCAGCUCCCAUGCCGUACAACCCUCCUGUUGCCUAUCCAGGUAAGUGCAGGUUUUAUACGCAUAUUACAUCUACCUAACA